UUCCAAUGCUGAUACUAUUUAUAGUAACUGGUUCCUACACCUACCUAGUCAAGUUUAUCCAGUCGGACGUUUCAUGCAAGCUGGGUUUGGCCUCACGAGUUCACAAAGAGACAGUGUGUAUAUAAAAAAACAAGCAUGGCCUCGUCUUAAACACUUUACUUACCACAAUGAGAUUUUAAAGUGCUCUCUAGCAAGCUUUUUUUUUGUUUCUUAGUUUCUUAGAGCUCCUUUACAAAAAAACUGAUAUUUCAUGGAUAUUUCAUGGUAACGUGAUUACUUCAGGGCUGUGUUGUGUGAGCGCUCUGGUUUGAUCCUGAGCUGAUGUUCUACACGAGUCUAUAAUCAGAAGAGCAACAUUCAGGGUGUCCUCUGGCCUCAGCCCAGCUUUUUCUGGGACAGCUUCCAGAUCCAUUAAGAUGGAACACUUAAUUAAAGAAGGUGAAGAAAUCAAUGCAAAAGUGCAUUUUAUCACGUCAUGCUUUGCAACAGCUCACGUGUCAAACGAGCCAUAGUGUGCACUAUAUAGGGUUUAGUUUGUACACCCUAAAUAGUGUACUUAUGAAGGGAUUUAGCAUGCAUUUGUAGCUCGGCCCACUAUUUUUUUUAAGGUAAAUUCAAGAGAUUACUUCCUAUCAGAGAAACGCCACUGAAGCGUGCACUCGCACACGGGAACGCGCCCGAGCCCUUUAAGGCGCAGCGUUGCUAUGGGAACAGCGCGCGUACACAAACGGCGGCUACAUCAAAACACACUCACUUAUAUGUGCACGCUUUCUUGCUGUAGGGUUUUUAUAUGUUAAUGUUUUGUAUGUACAUGUGAUAUACGUAGCAUUAACGACCAUCAUAUUACAUUCAUUACAUUAGCGAACAAAAUCUUGUCGAACAAACCCAAAAAAAAUGCAAGAAAUGACGGAUCAAAAAAGUAAAAAUUGCAUCGAGGGAACCAUCAAUCGCCACAGACCAACAUCAAACAGAACUCAGGAUAUUUCUCACUUACUGGCAAAUAUAUUCAACAAGCUGUACAUAUCAGAAGUUAUUGGAACAGACACUGUUGCUAAUCUCACCAGAUCAUACAGGAAAGGAAAUGACCACCACGCCCAAUACGUUGAGGCACUCCAGCAGGUUAACUUGGAGUACAACAGGCGGAUUGAAGAUGCUGACAUGUUGGAGAAACACAUCAUUCAGGCCCGGGUAAAGGCCUGUGCUUCAGAGAAGCAUGCUGAAUCUCAGCUCAAGGAGGAGGUCGGAGAAACCUACCAUCAGCUUGGUUUACCUGCAGUCAAGUCAGCCUUUAUGUGGUGUGUGGACAACACACUCCUCAAGAGUCACAACCUGAUUUGCCCACAAGACUACAUUACGGAGCAAGCGUCACUUGUUAAAGCUCCACAAGGGAAAUCUGUGCCUGGAUUCACUAAGCCUACUGUCUCUUACAACAUGCACGUGUCCACAGUUCCCCAGGAUGACGGCUACACACUAAUCCCUGAGCCUAUGUCAGCCAAAAGUCUUCAAGAGGACUCAGAGGAGACCCAAACUCUAAUGUCUUCCUCUCAGGAGAUUUUCUCUGUUGGAAGUGAUUCCUCUCAGAAGGUCCGUCGGGUGCCUAAAGAACUUCGCAAAGGAAAGCCGAGUCCAGAGGACUGCGCUGCUUUCGAAAAGUUGAAAAGGUGCCAAAACUUUCUGCGCAACCCUCACUUUCAGCCUGUGAGUCAACAGCGAGGGGGAAAAUCUCUCAUCAUUCCCGAUACGAGGGUAGAGAAAGGAGAAAAGGUGAAAAAAGAGAGAUCUGACCCCGAAGAGCCUGUGCCGAUUUUCCUCGCCAGCCCACCUGUAGUCCUGUUCAGCGACUACCAAAUUGGAGAUGUCUAUGAGACCACAGUGGAACUGAGGAACAUGACCGCCGCCAGCCGUCACAUGCGUGUCAUCCCACCCACCACUCCAUACUUCUCUAUUGGUCUGGGCAAGUUCCCUGGUGAAGGAGGCAUCGUCGCUCCUGGUAUGAGUUGCCAGUACACUGUACGCUUUGCCCCUGACUCUCUGGGCGAUUAUGAGGACUUUCUGCUGGUCGAGACACAGUCACCGUAUCCGCUGAUUAUACCACUAGAGGCUCACAGACCCCCACCAGUACUCACAUUGCCUGAUGUUCUGGAUAUCGGCUACUGCCUGGUGGGAGGAGUGAAGUCCAUUAAGGUGGAGUGCUGUAAUAUUGGGUAUAGUGGUGGAACUUUCUGCAUCAUGUCAAACAGACAGUGGCCUGCUUCCAGCCUCAGGUCUGCAGUGAAAUCGAGCUUCGCGGAAGAGCCUCCUUUUGCAAUCAGCCCCUCUUUGUUCUAUUUACAUCCAGGUCAGGCUGAACUUCUAGAGUUGGUUUUCUUUCCCAUGACUGCGGAAAGCUUCUCUCAGAGCUUCACCAUCACCUGUGACAACUGCCAUGUGAAGGAUUUCUCUAUGCAAGGCACGGGUCAGCUGGUGACGAUGGAGCUGGUGGCAGUAGAAGGCGGUGAGAAUGUGCCUGCUCUUGGAGAAGCGCAUGACCUGACUGCCGAACAUUUAAUACGUUUCGAAACGACCAACGUGUGCUCCACACUCCAGAAAAAAGUGAUGAUCAAGAACAAAACGCAUUUGGAGCUGCCGUUCCACUGGAAGAUCAUGAAGCCCAACCUGCCUUGUCGGCUCCCUGGAGAGACUUCAGAUCCAUCAAGCAUCCAGCAUGAAGCUGCUACAGACAACGCUUUCAGCAUCAGUCCAGCAACUGGUCUGCUGGCUCCUGCACAAGAGUGUGUCUUCCUUUUUACAUACCGUCCAGAAGAGUUAAAGGAUUAUCACAGUGUCUGUCACUUGGUCAUAAUGAAUGUCCCGAAGCCACAUAAUGUUUACGACAACAGUCACACUUCUCAGCAGUCGGACUCAGUCGGGGACCUGAUCGCGAUGGAGUUAGAAGUUAAAGGCUCCACCGAGCCAUACAGGAUCCUCCUCGAGCCGUACGCCCUCUUCAUACCAGGAGAGAGCUACAUACACACCCCCAUCUCCAAGGGAUUCAAGAUGUGGAAUCACAGCAAGUCAGCAAUUUGUUUUCAGUGGGAGAAUAUCAGCGACUGCCACAGUAUUCAGGUCGAGCCGUGUUCAGGGGAAAUAGGAACGAACGAGUGUUUAGAUCUGGAUCUGGUUUUGACUGGAGGCCGCCCGGGUUGCCUAAACAUCACACUUCAGUGUCAUGUUCAACACCACGCCGAUCCCGUAGUUCUGCACGUAGAGGCCACGUUUAAAGGGCCGGACUUGUCUGUAAAUGUGCCCAGUGUGGAACUGGGGCUCCUGCAGCUGGGUCAGGAAGUCUGUUCUACUCUCCAGAUUAUAAACAGCAGUCCUUUAGAAGCCCCGUGGAGUCUGGAAGAGCUGCCCACUGAUCCUACACUCAACCAGGGACUGUUGCGCAUCGAGCCUAGUCAGGGUGUUCUGCCUCCUUCAUCGUCCUGCAGUGUGAAUGUGCUUUUCGGGUCCAUGUGCUGUCAGAGCUUUGAGUCUGUCCUCCAGCUCGUUGUGCUGAAUGGCACCGGAUGCCACCUGCCUGUUCGUGCAGAGGUCCAACGUCCUCAGGUAUGUCUGCUGAGCUCUCGGGUGGAGCUGCAGGAUCUGUACGUAGGAGUUGCACAAAGCUGCAAUGCAACACUGUUUAACCAAACUCUCCUGCCAACACACUUCACGUGGCAUGAGCUCCAGGGCCUUCAGGCUCAUCUCUGCUCUGCCAGCUUUACUCCAUCCUCUGGGACUCUGGGGCCCAAUGCACACGUAGAGAUCAGUGUGUCCUUCACCACACAUACUGAUGACGAGUUGACUGAAGUAUCAGCUGUGUGUGAGGUGGAAGGAAUGGAGAAACCUCUUCUUCUCAGCUUCUGCUCCAAAGCCAAAGGACUGAGUGUGUCCUACUCUCUGUUUCAUCCUGAUCGUGCGCCAUUAGAUGUUGCAGAGGAGCAGCCAGUUGAGUUGGACUUCACUAAAGACGAGCCGGUCCUUAUUGGCAAACCAACGAACAGACAGCUGGUGAUAACCAAUCAAACUGCAAUCUCAACCUCUUUCUUUAUAGAGGCAGAGGUCUUCAGCGGACACCGGGCCACCGAUUCGGUCAAAAAGUCUAAACAUGUACGUCAUUCCACGCCUCACUGGAUGAUGCAAUCGAAGAAAAUCGAAGAGAAAGAAUAUGAAGAAUUUGUGCGUAGACUUUUAGCUCACGGGAAAGGUGUGGCAUUCUUGGUCGAGCCACCGAGCGGGACGCUGGGGCCUUUCAAAUCUGUCGCCAUUAACGUCACUGCUCACAGCAACAUGUGGGGGGAUUAUGAAGACCACCUCGUCUGUAAAGCUGGUGAUCUGGAGCCGACGCUUAUUCCAAUGAGAAUAUCUAUCAAAGGCUGUCCUGUAUAUUUCCAGAUGAUUGGACCACAGCACGAGAAUCCGAACCAAGGGCCAAUUAUACGAUUUGGAACGCACAUUUCUGGAGGAGACACGGUGUCACGGUCUCUCCGUUUAAACAACACCAGCCCAUACGAUAUCCGUUUGGACUGGCUGACGUACAACAAAGAAGCCGAAGACAGGAAGUUAAUAGACUUGCUCGUUGCGUACGGCGAACCGUUUCCUCUCAAGGACGUCGACGGGAACGAGGUCGUCGGGGGCAUGGCUUUUUUGCCCGGGUUGGAUCAAAGCCAAACUCCCAGCACAGAAGGAAGAAGUUCUUCAUUCAGAAGCAAAUCGGAGAAUACAGAUUUCGAUGAAGAACCGAUUGGCGAAGGAGCUCUAGUGCCUUUAUCUUUAAGGAGCAAACUGUUUUCUGUAUAUAUCAAUCCACAUGAGGGAUAUGCAUCAGAUUACCCAUACUGCAUCACUCCACAACAGAUGGUGGUUCCUGCAGGGGGUAGUAGCAUCAUCCACGUGUCUUAUACUCCUCUCACACUGUCUGACUCUGCCGACAGCCACACGUGUGUGGGUUACGCUCUCGGCUUCAUGUCACUGGACUCGAAGGUGGUGCCGAGCCUUGUGGGUAAAGUAACCAGAGCUCAGGGUUAUGAACUGGAACCACUGAGACUGGACAUGAUUGCAUGUGUUAAACCCGCCAUCUUGACAGUUCAGAUGGAGGAGGAUGAAGGCACUCUGGAGUUCAAUGCCGCUGCCAGUGAUUUACUCGAUGGACACACAUUCAAAGAGGAGUGCGUGACUUUGCGCACGCUGCAGCUCAUCAACAGCACCGAGAUUCCUCUGAGUUUCACACUUAACACCCAGCAGCCAUUUUCUGUCCUGCAGCCCACACAUCGGGCCGGCUCUCUCUCUCCAUCACACACAGUGCUGCUCCCACCCAAACACAACAUGCAGGUUAAGGUGGCCUUUCACCUCACAGCGUCGCUCCUGUCCUAUCAGAGUGAGCCCUGUCCUGAAGCCCCGCCCCCUGGGAUACUGCUGUGUAGUGAGAGAGGAGAAAGGAGACUGAAAUUUCAGCAGAGCCUCAAUAUUCAGUACAGCAACAACUCUGUACAGAGCGUAGCCCUGCGUGCUCACGUGGCCCUCCCCACGCUGCACCUGUCUUCUGAUCAAGUCGACUUCGGCACUUGUUACGUGGGUCAGACCAGAGUGAAAGAAGUGUUCCUCUCCAAUCGUGGUGGCUCCAGCAGUUUCUGGACCGCGCUGCUCGGUCUUGAUGCUGAACAAGAAAGCGCAGUGUUCAGAGUAACUCCAGAGCAUGGCCUCUUAAAAACAAUGGAGUAUCUCGUCUCCUCCUCGAGACAAGUCCUAGAGAUCAGCUUCACUCCAAGUGACCAUGAGUCAUUCCAGACCACAAUGACCGUGCAAGGAAUUCUGGGAGAGCCCUGUCUUACUCUGCAGAUUAAGGGAAGUGGAACUUUUGAUGAAAGAUACGCAUCGCAUACACCCGAGACCUGAGAACAAAAUAAAGGACGCUGUAAUCCAGUGGCAAGCCAUCAGGGCCAAAAAUGCUUUCUUGCCGUGCUGGCCCUGACGACAUCAUCAGGACUCGAUCUGCCUUAUGUUUUAAUAUUUGUUCAUUAAUAUGUAUAAAAUAUCCCCCAAAAGUCCGUCCUCAUUUCAUAGUGUUUUUCUAUGUGAAAGUUUACGUUGGAGUUUCUAUCCAAUCAGAUUUCCUCCAUCACGUAUCUGCCGUAACAGUAAUUUACCAAAACAGAUCAAAACAGUUUUUU